UCCCUCCAGCCCAUGGGAUCAGAGCGUAUGGAGAUGCGAAAGCGUCAGAUGUCGGUGCAGCAGGAGUCGAUGGCGGGUGGCACGGCACCGACCCAGCAGGACCCUAACCAGAGCCAGAACCAGGGGAACCAGAACCAGGGGAAUCAGAACCAGGGGAACCAGAGAGGGAACAACGCCUGUUGCUUCUGCUGGUGCUGCUGCUGUAGCUGUUCCUGGAACGAGGAGCGUGAGGAGAGGAACCGCCGGGCGUCCUACGACCUCAAGGCUGAGGGAACGGCCGACUGCGAGGACAGCCCCCCUCCCACUCUGGAGGAGGUCCGUUCCUGGGCCCAGUCGUUUGACCGACUGAUGUCGUGCGCUGCUGGCCGAGUGGCGUUUAGGUUGUUCCUGUGUACAGAGUUCAGUGAGGAGAACAUGUUAUUCUGGCUGGCUUGUGAGGAGUUCACCAAGGAAACCAACAAGACCUCCAUUGAGGAGAAGGCACGGAUCAUCUACGAGGACUACAUCUCCAUCCUCUCACCCAAAGAGGUGAGUCUGGACUCCCGUGUUCGGGAGGUGAUCAACAAGAACAUGUUGGAGCCGUCGUCCCAGACCUUCGUUGAUGCUCAGGUGCAGAUCUACACGCUGAUGCAAAGAGACUCCUACCCCCGAUACAUGAACUCCCCCGCCUACAAGAACCUGCUCAACUCCCUCUCAGAGCAGGCCCCUGAGUUCUAACUCAGCACUCUCAGAGCAGGCCCGUGAGUCCUAACUCAGCACUAUAAGAGCAGGCCCCUGAGUCCUAACUCAGCACUCUCAGAGGAGGCCCCUGAGUCCUAACUCAGCACUCUCAGAGCAGGCCCGUGAGUCCUAACUCAGCACUAUAAGAGCAGGCCCCUGAGUCCUAACUCAGCACUCUCAGAGCAGGCCCCUGAGUCCUAACUCAGCACUAUAAGAGCAGGCCCCUGAGUCCUAACUCAGCACUCUCAGAGCAGGCCCCUGAGUCCUAACUCAGCACUCUCAGAGCAGGCCCCUGAGUCCUAACUCAGCACUCUCAGAGGAGGCCCCUGAGUCCUAACUCAGCACUCUCAGAGCAGGCCCCCGAGACCUAACUCAGCACUCUCAUAGUAGGUCUCCGAGUCCUAAGUCAACACUCUUUGUUCUAGAGUCUUAGGUGACAACAAACCUGGGAUCGUCUCUCUUUUCUCAUUUCCAUUUGGUUUGAAUGUUAGUGAAGAGAAGGGGUGGCCAACCUUCCUCCUGGAGAGCUAUUACGUGUGCUAUAACUGUCUGCACACCCAGUAGCUCUCUAGGAGUGUAGAGGAUGUGAAGCGGGCCUCUGACCUGACCUGGCCCUGUCCCCAUGACCUGGCUCCGCGCUACAGAGACGUCACCUGACUAAAGACACUCAGGGUUCUACUGUCCGAGAAGUCUACUCGCCUAGGGCUCUACUAUUCUGAAGGCUCUAUUCUACUGGGCUCAGCUCCUCUGAGGGUGAGGGCUCUACUCUCCCGAGGGCUCUACUCCCCAAGGGCUCUAUUCCACCUAGGUCUCUACUGUCCUGAGGGUUCUACUCCACCUAGGGCUCUACUGUCCUAAGGGUUCUAUUCCACCUAGGGCUCUACUGUCCUAAGGGUUCUACUCCACCUAGGGCUCUACUGUCCUGAGGGUUCUACUCUUCUGAAGGCUGUACUCCCCUGAGGGUGAGGGUUCUACUCCACCUAGGGCUCUACUGUCCCAGCUCUCUAUUCCACAGCGGCUCUACUCCCUUAAGGCUCCAUUCCCCCCAGGGCUCUACUCCCUUAAGGCUCCAUUCCCCCCAGGGCUCUACUCCCUUAAGGCUCCAUUCCCCCCAGGGCUCUACUCCCUUAAGGCUCCAUUCCC